GUCGACAAAAUUUAAACCUGAAGGUUCGUAAGUCAUAGUUAAUUUCAGUUAGCAUGUAACUUAUAUUCAUAACCGACCAACUCCUCAAUAUAGUGUCAAUCUCACAAUAAGAUACCAAGUUAUUUACAUGCAAUGUCUAUUAGUGUUUUAGCUCGUUAAAAAUUUAUGACGAGCUAAAACUUAUCAAUUGGUCUCUCUAAAUCGCACUUUUCAAUAUUAGGUGUUGGUUUCAAUACGUCUUGUUUGUCUUUUCGGGUGCAGUAAUCAUAUUACGCGAAUUUGUCGUGAACGUCCGUAUUUUGCGGUGGUGCCUCAUUCCAAAUCUCUGGGUUUCAUAUGUUGGUCCUAGUGAUCGGUGAUUUCCACAUUCCUGAUAGGAAACGUUCUUUACAUCCUGCUUUUAAGACUCUUUUAGCUCCUGGAAAAAUACAACAUAUAUUAUGCACAGGAAACCUUACUUCGAAAUAUAUGUAUGACUACUUAAAACUUAUUUGUGGAGAUGUGCAUGUUGUGAAAGGCGACUUUGAUGAGGCUUUAGAUUUCCCUCUUACAAAGGUUUUAAGCGUUGGAAAUUUUAAGAUAGGACUUAUACAUGGACAUCAAAUAGUUCCUUGGGGAGACCAAAAAAGUUUAGCUGCUCUUCAAAGGGAAUUAGAUGUUGAUAUAUUGAUCAGUGGUCAUACUCAUAAGUUUGAAGCCUAUGAAUAUGCUGAACAUUUUUAUAUCAAUCCUGGUUCUGCUACCGGUGCAUAUAGCCCUUUUGAAAAAAACCCGCAACCUUCAUUUGUUCUUUUGGAUAUUCAAGAAACUGCGAUACAGUUAUAUGUGUACACUCUAGUCAAUGAUGAACAUAAAGUUUCUCGCAUAGAAUACCAGAAAAACAAACGUUUGUGACUAUGAACAGAAUGUAUUCAUUGUAUUUUAGCAAUAUCUUGUAAUUUAUUUCACUUCUUCGCAUUAUAAUAACACUGAUUUUGAUUAUACAUUUGUAACACUUC